AUGGGGCGUUCCGGCGGAUUCUUCAAGAAGCUGAAGGCGAAGCAGAAGAAGGCGGCAUCGCGCCAGCAGCGCGGCACCAAAGGCGCCUCCAAAGAAGACCGUCGCCGCAAGCACAACGAACGUGUUGAGGUGUACGCCGCGAAGCGAGAGGCCGAGCAGCUGGCCGUCGUGAGCAGCUCCAGUGACGAGGCCUCUUCGACGGACUCGGAAACGGAAGCCUGGCGAGAGACGCGCUCCAUGCGCAAACUACGUGCGAUGCUCGGUGCUGGUCCAACCUCCGCUAAUAAGAAGACGUCCUUACAUGCGGCAGUGGAGGCACGGAAGCGCACUCGCCGAGGCGAAGGUGGCGCGGAUAGCCGCGAUGAUGCCUUCGAUGGAGAAGCGAAGGAAGAGGAAGACGACGAUGAUGGUUGGAACAGCAGUGACAGCGAGGCAGCAGCAGCAGCGCAGGUCGCCACACGACGCCCGCCUCAGCGCCGCCGCCUGCGCCGUGGGCAGCGCGGUGAGCAACGCAGCGAGGGUACCACGAACGGCGACGACGGCGAUGACGAGCUCGAUGCCGAAGACUGGCGUCUCUACCUCGGUCAAGGCAGCAGUAGCGGUGAUGACAGUCUCAGCGCAGAGGAGGGAGAGGAAGUGGGUGAAGAAGAUCAGGAGCUCGGGGAGACGACGGCUGACGCCGAUGACGUCGUUGACAAAGACCUUUUAAUGGACAUCAACGAAACGGAUGACGAGGUAGACGAAGAGGGCGAUGACGAGGAGGAGGGGGAUGGCGACAACCCGCUGUUUCAUUUGGACGAUGAAGACGCCAGCAACGGUGUGCUACAGGAUGGAGAGGGGGAUGAGGAGGAGGACGAUGGGGCGGACCUCUUCGACGAUGCCAUGAUGUACGACGAUGCCGAAGCUGAAGAAGAGGAAGAGGAAGAGGAGGAAGAGAGGGAAGACGCGCUCAUUGACGAAGAUGAAGAGGGCGACGAGGUGAGCAGCGACGACGACGACGCCGAUAAUAAUGGCGGCGGCGCCACAACACCAAAGAAGGGAACAGAGCGCGGCGGCACAAAGCAGAAGUCAGCAGAGCAGCACCAACUCCUGCAAACAUUUCAGUUUAACACGAGUAGCGUGUCGGUCCUGCAGCAGCACGGCAGCGUCCUUAGCGAGGCGGACGCGUGGGUCCGGAAGUACCACCUUGACCUGCACGGCGGGGUGGAUGAGACGCCGCUGAAGCCGCUUCCCGUGCCGCACGCGGCGGUGGAGCUGCUCGCUGCGUCGAACGAACCACUGAAAAAGCGCGCGGCGACGCUCAUGGACACGACAGAGGACAAGAAGCAGCUCGGCAUUUUCUUCGUCUCGGCGGAGGAGUACAACACACUGCACCCGGAAAACGUCGCCGUGCUCGCCACCGCACACGUCCAGCAGCACCUCCUUCACGCGCCUUUUGAUGUCGCGGCGGCGGCGGUGACGCAGCUCCCUGCCUACCUGCACCCCGCGCUGUGGGCCAAGUGGACGGCCUUCCGGGGGCACAAGAACCUCCCGAACUUCACCGCGGAGGAGCGGGGGCUGCUGGACCUCCUGCAGGGCUACCCCGAUGUGUUCGACGCACUGCACUGCUGGCAAAACAGCGAAUCCCGUCGCGAGGUGUACGCCCUGCAUUUGCUGAAUCACUGGUUUAAGGCGCGAUCAGUGGUUGUGGCGCACGACGCGUUGCUCGCGCAGCGGAAGCAGGCCCAGCGUGCUCGGCGACGUCAGCAGUGGGCUCGUCGUAAGCAACAGCAGCAGCCACAAAAGGCAGCAGCCGAGCCUGCUGUAGAGGAUAACGACGAAGAGGAAGAGGAGGAAGAGCCGGAGCUGCGCGAUCGUGGGUUCAGCAAGACGCGUCUGUGUGUCAUGUGUCCCCUGCGCAACCACGCCUACAAGUUCGUGUACACGCUCGUGUCCAUCCUCCAGGCCGACCCUGAAAAGUGUCCCAAGCUGGCGAUGUUCGAGCAAGACUUCACCGAGAUUGAGGAGACCCUCGACCCGACCUUCAAGCGCCGCCCCCGCGAGUACCAACGCGCCUUUGAAGGCAACAUCGACGACUCCUUCUGCGUCGGUCUCCGCCUGGAGCCGGAGCGGGUGCACCUGUACGCCCACCCUCUCAACAGCGACUUGCUGAUUUGCUCCCCGCUGGGCCUGCGUCGCCGCAUCGAGAAGAACGGCGACGUCCUCGUCUCCCUCUCCUCGAUUGAAGUCUGUCUGCUGACGGAGGCGCAGAUGCUUUAUCAGCAGAACUGGAUGCACGUCGCCGCGGUGCUGGAGCUCCUGGACAAGCGGCCCACGGACACCACCCACGGACUCUCUGACCUGCGCCGCGUCUACGCCUGGGCUCUUGAGGGGAGGAGCGGGCGGCAUCGCCAGACCAUCGUCGCCACGGAGGUGAGUACCGCGACGAUGCUGUCAACGUUCCGCACGUCAUCGGUGAACAACUCAGGCAAGGUGGUGCUGCAGCGUCGCGCAGACCCCGGCGUGCUCGCGCGCGUUCUGGUCCCCGUGCGUCAGCACUUCAUCCGCUUCGAGCCGACGUCGCUCUCCACCGUCGACGAAGAUCGCUUCGAGUUCUUCACGAAGCAGGUUUACGAGGCGAAGAUCAACGCCAUGGCGGAGCGCGACGUGCGUAUUAUCAUCUUCGUGCCCUCCUACUUUGACUUUGUGCGGGUGCGGAACUACCUGCACCGCGAGUACCGCGAGAGCUACGCCGCCCUCUCCGAGUACACGUCGCUGAAGCAGCAACGCAAGGCGCUGGGUCAGUUCUCUGACCUGGAGCGGCCCGUGUUGCUCGUGACGGAGCGCUUCUACUUCUUCAAGCGCUACUUUGUGAAGAUGGCGGAAGCACUCGUCUUCUACGGCCCACCGAUGUUUCCCGAGUACUACGCGUCGCUGACAAACCGGCUCGUCGCGACGUCGCCAAACGCCUUUACGAUGACACUGUACUGCCGCUACGACACGCAUGAACUGAACCGGCUGGUCGGGACCUCGCGCAUGGUGCAGCUGCUCGAGCGUGAGUCCGGCGUGUUCUCCUUCGUGACUUCCUAA